UAACCAGUCUGAUAUGGUAAGACCUAAAGGAAAGUUCUGUCCAGUCAACUUACUCAGCUUACACCAUGAAGGUUUGUAAACCUAACCACUAAGCUAGGGUAGCAGCUUUAGCCAAGUGUCCACAAGUCUCUUCAGAAUGAUGUCUAUACAGAUAUGGUUCGGUUGAAAGAAUCUCCUAGAUAAAGCAAGCUACUGAACGCCUGCUUGAAGCAAAGUGGAGAGUUGGAAUGUAUAAAGAUUUCCGUCAAUGCGCAUUCGGUAAUAAGGAGCGAGUGAAAUAUAGAAGUGUCGGGAGAAAACCUGCUCAAUAAAAACCUUGCCUCCAAACCACGGGCGAACGGGAAGUAACUACAUUAGUUAUGGCUCAGAGAACACUUAAAGGGGAUAUUCAGUUGUUUUUGGACUUCAGGAUGAGAUAUUUAUGAAACAUGAGGUCGCUGAAGAUCUGUGGUUCUCCAUUACAAUGAUUUUUACCAGAUAACUCGGUAAGUCGUCUCGUAAGCUAUUGAGACGGAGGAUCGCACUGUACUGUGAUAAGGUAUGUGAAUACUCAGUUUAAAGAAUAGGCAGAUAGCUGCCGUCUACCACUUCCCUUAUUUUUGUGACUUUCUAAAACCUAAAGUAACUUGAAAUAUAUCAGUGAAACUCGAUUUAGAAGUUCUAGUACAACAGUUAGGUUUCAUUGAAUAAUACGAUACACUUGCGAAAGACUCAAUUUGUAUUCUCCAAGGUUAUCCUUGUAGCGUCUGGUGUCAGUUUAGAAAUAGUAUAGUUUUGGAUUGGUUUUCUUGUCAUAUUGAAAUAUCAUCAUGUAAAGAGAGAGAUAUUCAAUAUUGUUUUUGUUAGCCAUGCUUUGCUCCCUUAAAGAAGACUUGAAAUCCCUAGAAAUUAUACUAGCCAGCACUUCAACACGUCGAAAAGAAAUACUUGGAAACAUUGGUCUAAAGUUCUCCUCUGUUUGUCCUGAUGUUGAAGAGUCACUGCCUUCAGAAAACUUUCAAUUAAUACCAGCUCAUAUCGAAGCCAUAGCUAAACUUAAAGUGGAUGCAGUGGUGAAUACUUUGGAUAUCAGUAAACGUAACUAUGUAGUCAUAGGAGCAGAUACUGUGGUAUGUUUUGAAGGUUAUAUUUUUGGAAAACCAUCAAGUCACGUGGAUGCUGUAAAUACACUUAGUCGUUUGAGUGGAAAUGUUCACCAAGUGAUAACCGGUGUAUGUUUAAAGUGGAUUGUAUCUGGGAAAGAACAGAAAAUUGAUCAAUUUCAUGAAGUAACAAAUGUAAAGAUGAUUGAAUUAAGUCCUCUCAUUAUUGAGGGAUAUGUUCAGUCUGGAGAGCCAAUGUAUGUCUCCAGGCGGAGUAAUUAUGAUUUUACAAGCAUAAUUCUCAUUUCAGAGCAACAUAGAUUAGUGGUAACAGUUACCUAUUUUCUCUAACGGUUUGAGAUAAGUUACUUAACUGCUAAAUAGGUAUUAUCUGUUUCAUAUCAGUAGACAGUAGAAUACAUAAUUGUCACAAAUAGGUAGUAUGACUAGGUUCAUGUCUUAUUGUGCUAGCCUGUGUUAUAUAACUUAAUCCCAAUCAACUAUUUGGAAACUAACAAUUUAUUGUAAAAAUGAUCAGUGGAAUUAAAACGAGCACACUGCAAGCACUUGACCAUGUAGGUAUUUUCUAAUUGUAGUUUGAAUCUAGCGAAAUUACUAAUCAAUAAUAUGCUAAGUGAGGGGUGGAAAUCGACUGAUAAGGCUAUAAAAUGUCACCAUUGUAUGUAUUUGAAACACGUUUUACUCAUCCCUAGUCACCUCUUACUCUGGCAUACAUCACUAACCAGUAUAAAAGUAGGUUAAGAGAAAGCCACUGUUAGGUCGCUCACAACCUACCACUAUCACAUAAAGUCAUUAACGUUUGGUCUGUGUUAUGUUAGGAGAUAGAGAUUUCCUGACCAACACUGACAGAACAGUAGGGAGUAUACGCACUACAUCUACAGCUGAAGCUGGUAGCUGUUCCUGGAUGAUGUCUCAGUUGGAUUCAUUCCCAAUCUUCCCUUAAGUUUUGCUUCAAAUCAGCUGCCGAAAACUUUUAUAGAUCUACUUAUCUGUUUUAAUCCUUCAGAUAAUUACUUAAGUUUUUUCAUCGCAUUAAUUAUUACGAUCCUCAUCAUCCUAUUUCAGGGAUAAAGCUGGAGCUUAUGGUAUUCAGGGGUUAGGUUCAAGUUUAAUUGAGCGAAUCGAUGGAGAUUAUUUCAAUGUUGUUGGUUUACCUGUCUGUCGACUUUGCAAGUACUUAAAAGCUGGAUGUGAAGAAAUAGUGUCUAAAUUGUCAGACGCAUAAUUUUUAUCCAGUCGAGUAAAUGUUCCAGAAAAAUGACUUUAAUGUUAGUGAAUAUUCUGUCACUUUAAACUGAUGAAAUGUUGUCCUAAUUUACUGAAAAAUUAAAUAUCCAUAUUCUUGUUCACUUGUGUUAUCAUUAUGCAAGUAAAAACUGUACUUCCACUGUCACCUUGGGUUUUUUAGCUAGGUAUUACGCAAAUAAUGUCCUGCACUUUCAGUGUGUGUGUGUGUGUACGUUAAAAUCCAUGUCGUCAGUAAAAUAUGGUGUAAAGUAUAUGAAGAACCAUGGAUUUCAUCUAAAUGCAACUCACUAAUCAAGUACUACCGUCCACGUACUCUUCUUUGAAUGCGUAAGACUUCGAGAUCCAAUCGCUUAAACCGAUAUUUAUGUACCGACUUUUUAAAAUUUGAUCCCUUUUUUUCCUACUCGGUCAGUAGUAUUAGAUAAAAAAAAAACUUGCACAGGUGUGCUUAGGUUCAAGUUACUACAUUUCAUAUGAGAGCAGAGAGGGGAAAGCAGUAGUAAAAACUUAAAUAUAGAGAAGAGCUUAAAAGAACAAAUGAGAUGUAGAAAUAUGAGGUAUAAAAUAAUGUAAAAAACUUGUUAUGCAGAAUAAUAUAAUGAAAGAAUGGACCUGAGACACUGCAAAUGAUUUCAGCUCGUACUUUUUAAUAUUUUCAGCUAGUGAUCAUAAUCUUGGUACAAAGCCCAAUCAGGAAGUUUACGCUCACACUGUUCAUAACAAGUCAGUCACCCUAUGGAUUGAUUCUAAGUUUGACAUGGCUACCCCAUAUGCUGACCACUACUUUAUAUGGGGCCAUUCCCAGUAUAUGUCGGCGUUAUUGACUCUGUCGUUAAACCACUGAACUAAGGAUCUGAUUAUAGUCUCAGGUCGGAAUCGAAGUAACUUAUAGCUAUAAAAAUCUAUUCACUCUGAAUAUCUUUGACGUUUUACUCCUUAGAUACAAAUUGAUUUAUGUAUUUAAUUCGUUUUGUAUUUGUUAUAGUUCAGACAAUGAAGAGAUAGGCUUUUACAUUGUGGUUCUAGAUCCAACCGUUCCAAGUCACCAGUCGACGUCUAGUUUGUUAAAUACCAUUGAAUAUUAAGCAUGUUUGUGACUUCACAAGCAAAUGCCAAGACUUAUUUGUGUUAGUGCUGUACAAACAUAUUUGUUUUAGUAACUGCAAAUACGUGUUUCUUAUUGAAUCUAUAAGUAAGCGUGCAAGCUGGGUUUCGUCCUAGUUGAUGUUUCAUAGUUGAAAGUGUCUCCAGAAUCUAGGGAAGUAAUGUCUUUAUGAAUAUUCAUCUGCAUCACUUCAAAUCAAAGUCUUGUUUAUUACCACCGAACUCUUUAAUAACCUGGUAAGAUUGUUAGUCAGUUAUACGUGGGAGUCAUUGCUUAGCUAUUUUUCUUACUAAACCAUAGGUUGUCAUCGUACCCGAGAGAAUUAUUCUCUAAGUUAAACCAUGAUUACAGCUUAGAUUUUAUAAAGCCAGAUUCCAAUUUUUAUCAUAAUGAAUGAUUGUCGAAUGUCAAAAAAUUGAAACACAUCGAUGAUGUCCUCAUUUUCGAUUCAGUGUUUAGAGCUAUAGUACCUUUUGGUUUCCUGCUUUUUUAGAAAUUUGUAAAUACAAACCUAGUGCAUGUGCUUUGGAAAAUACAUGUAAAUUUACAAAUGUAAUUGAAGGUACUUACGAAAACUACUUAUUGAAUUUUGGUCUGCUUUGGUAAGUAGUUCGUUUAAGAUUAUGAGCCCUGCCUCUGUGAAAGCAGCCUAUCGUUUUCUCUGAGAUUAAUGAAUUCAAUAGUUAUAUCCACUUUAAGGUUAUGGUGUGGGAGCUAAGGCUUUUUAACUGCAUUGUGCUUGUGUUUGUUCUGGAUUUUCCCGUACUUAUAAAGAAUAAAAAAUAGGUUGUGCAAGAAAGUGAAAAAAUAUACUAAUGGUUAUACAGGUUCAGGUUUACGUUUAUAGGUUCAAGAAUAAAAUAAUUGAUCUUCUUGCAUUUCAACUUAACAAGCGUUAUGUUUUUAUAUUAAACUAUCAUCCUCACAAUGGUAUUAAGCAUCUGUAGUGUGGCAUUAAUUAUUAAGUAAAAUGAGCCGCCAAAUUUUAACGAGAAAAGUGUAUUGAGUUGUCAGUAAGAUUCUAUUAAAAGCAGUAAGCAUGAUUGAUACAUAUAUUUUGUGAAGUCCCAAGAGUAUUUUGUCAAUAAGAUGAACCGUGAAUUAGUACGAAAAUUUUGUGUUCGAGAAACCAAUUUGAUCUUUGUUCGCUACUUUUUAUCUCAAACGUCUGAUCUGCAUUAAUUUUGUAUUCUGUUAAUUUCAGUUCGACUGUUGUUUUUCUAUAAUUACAGUCAUAUUGUGAUAUUUCACUUGACGAAAAACUUACACAUAUGUAUAUAUAUGUAUAUUAGCUCUAGACAUUCUACAAAUCAUCUAUUGUAGAAUAUCUUAUAAGCUUAAGUUCCAGAUAGGGUUCACUUGUAAGAACAACUAAUGAUUAAAUUGGAACCUAUAUAAAAAGUCCUCUUAAUAAAAUAUGACUCAAAUUACAUUAUAAAACUGUCUAGUGUCGUUAAACGGUAGUGCUUUUCUUUGUUUAAUACUUUACUACUUCAGUCAGUCAGCUACAACGCACGUCCAGGUAUAUAUAUGCAUCGGUCGAAGUUACCAU